GUGACAGUGGACGGUUCUCCUGCUGAACUGUUACUGAAAUAGUUACCCGUAGUCCUUUUUAUAAACGAUCAAAUGUAAUCGGGCAGACUAGUGACACUCUGAUCAUUUAUUCUAUGAUGUUCGUGAGUCGACAGCAGGAAUCACGGAUGGAUUUGUCGACAGUUUGCUGUUAACUAGCUUUAGCUAAACGGCUAAUCUCACUGCGCUAACAGUUACAAACCAGCAGCACCGAUGCCUCAAGAAGGAGAGCAGUCUCUUCCUCUGGUGCGCUCCCUGAACAGUCGCAUACCCGUCAAAGUUGUGUUUUGUAACCUCAGUCCCCGUGUCGUGCGACCGCUAUGGAUAGAUUACCGCGGGCAACCUCAGGCAUACGUAGAUUUACAGCCAGGGACUGGACGAAAUAUGGACACUUUCGUCGGUCACCCAUGGGUGUUCAGAGAUGCAGAGAGCGAUGAGCCACUGAGGGUGAACUGCAAAGAACUGUUUAUUCCUAAACCAACAGAGGGUGGAAAUGCUGCAUUUGCUAAUAUCACUUUACCACUUUACAGCCUCAAGGAUCGUGCUCUUCAGGUUAUUCGGCGUCUGGUUCGAGCAGAAGACUACAGGAGGUUGGAGAUAGCGCGGUGUCUUCACGAGGAGCUGGAAGAUCAGCCAAGUGUAAUAGAAGAUCUCCGGCGCAUGAACCAGCGAGUUGAGCAGCAUCUGCUAGAGAGGAUCCAAAGCCAGGAGGAAUGAGAUGGAAACUGGACGCACGAUGGUCGUGUAUGGACAGCAAUACUAUAUUCCACAAUAUUAGAAAGCGAAGAAGCCAGGUUCAUGAAUUAUGAGAAAGAGUCGGAGUUGCUUCUUGGUUGAGUGAGCAGCUGUUGCAAAGACUUUGCUGCAAAGGCGUUUGAUCGGCUGCCUGUUUUAUUCACUUACUGAAGGUAGAAGGUAAUUUUGUUUUUUAAACUUUGUUUAAAAAAUGACAAAUAAAUCUACCCUCUACCUUAUUGGCUUUGGCAAAUAUCUUCUUCAGCAGAAAAAAUAGUGGCAGGGUCUUCAAAUACUGUUGUUUGUCCUCUUAACAAUUUCAUUGUUUAUUCCGAAAAGGUCACUAGAGAAAUGGGGACAUUUUAGCUUUUGAUGUCUUUCUGAUUAUGUUACUCUCUACAUUGUUAGGCAUUUUGCUAUUUUCUUAAAAUGGGAGAGAAUAAGUAUAUGCACAUAAUUGUGCAAAGCUAUCAAAAAAACAUGUACAUGAGGAAAAAAACAAAACAUUUUAGCCUGCCGUAGAUCCAGGCAGGAUCAAGGCAUUGUUUUUAUUAAAUUUUCCUGGCAUGGAGCGGCUUUGCAGGCAUUGCUUUUUUCCUCCUGUUUUGCCAGUUUUUGUCAUAAAUAAACUCUCUCAAAAAAUCGUAUUUAAACAUAAGACAGAAUUUACAGUACUCAAAUGUUUUGGUCAUGCAUAGAGAAUAAAAAAUGAUCAUCUGCCCCAAACAUCAUAAUUUUCACAGAUACUAAAUCAGUUGUAAAUAGUCACAUUAGAUGCAAAUUCAAGAUAUCUGUUUAUCCAGUAAUAUUUUUAUUGGGAAUGCCUUAGAUAAGAUGAUCUUAACUGAUCCAGUUUACUGCACAUUUCCCUCAAAAAUAUCUUACUUUGCUAUCCUGGUUGUUAAGUUCAGCAGUUUAACCAAGACUGAACUGUUCAGCAAUCAUUAGAGAGGUUUUGUAUUGGCACUUUAAAUCUGGACAAAGAUGGAGUGCUUAUUGGUUUAUUUUCCAAGUUGGCCUAUUCUGGUAAAUGUCAACUUUUUGUUUUGAAUAUACCUAACACCGUGAAUGGGGAGAGUUUCCUCUAAAAUGUUGUCUUGCAGCUGAUUUUCUGUGGGGAAAACGAAAUAAUGAACAUUGGCUUUAAAUUUUUAUGUCUAAGCCGUAAAACACUGUGUCUGAGUCUAUACUUUGUAAUUUGCCUAUUGUGUCACUGCAUUUAAAUUCAUACAUCACUACUGUAUCUCAAAUACUUUCAUUUAUUAUUUGUGUUUUACAUAAAUAAAAUGUAUAUUUCUUACAGG